GAGAACAACAACAAAGAAGAACAAGAUGCGUACCGUCACGUCGUCAGCUCUUGAAUCCUGGCCUUUGCCAUCUCCAUCUCCAUUUCCCAGGCGAUGCCGUGAACAUCGAGCUCAGAUCUGCUUGCGAGCGAGGUGCAGACGAGGCACGCAAUCGGGAGCUCAAAAGCUCAACACCGUUGCUGCGGGCGGCAGGCGGUGAAAGGCCCUGCAGCUCCUGCAGGAAGCGCAGUCGCCAGAUCCGAGCCUCAAGCUCGGGAGAAACAAGCCGCCGGCAGGCGUGUGAAACUGUGGGCGACGAACACGCUCCUGCAGGAAGCGCAGUCGCCAGAUCCGAGCCUCAAGCUCGGGGGAAACCAGCCGCCAGCAGAGAACCCUGGAUCCCAGCCCUUUCCGGAAAAAGCUCAAGUGAGCUUCACUUAGGCACACCCCAGACGCACAGUGUGCUUCAUGCACUCGAGGCCACCAACUCGGCAAGACGCCCCCCAGCCCCGUAAGGACGCCAACACGGCCUCCAGAUGGAAUGCAACGAUUGGUGCCAAACCUCGUCAAAGCCAUGCACCGAACAAAAACUGAUCGCAGAUCUUCGUGCAAAUUUCCCUGCGGGGGUGCGCGCCGUGACUCCCGCUCUGCGGGCUCAAUACAUUGCAAGCGGCGCGUCCAAAAAAAAUGUUCAUUGAGCUCAACCGCGCGGGAGCUCCCGACGUCUUAGCUUCAAUCAAUUUCCCCUGCUCGCGCGGCCAGGCCAAAAGACCCUGAUCUGUUCUUAUUGUGCGGGCGCGGCAGAUGAUGGACGUACGCGGCUGCACCCGCGCGCCGAACUAGAUCCCCUGCAAGGACAAGAGGCGCCCUGAGGAGACAGGAGAAUGGAGAGACGAGGAUGACUUUCUCGAGGGGAGGAAGAGGCAGAGCUGGACGUGGCGGCGGAGGACCGCCCCCAGAUGCUCUUUUGGCAUCGUGUUCUCUGCGGCGGCUGCCCAGGGACAGCGCGCACGCCUCAGAUGGUCGCCCCGCGCUGGGCCAGCGGGCCGGAUGGCACGCUCAGCACCCGGCCGACUCAGCGAAGCAGCAGUUGCCCGGGCAGCGGUCACAAUUACAACCGGCGCCCUGAGCGCGACCGGAGCGGCUGCUCUGCAGCUCCAGCCACGCCGACUGCUCACCUUGGGAAGCCGCUGGAAGGCCGCCUUGAGCUUGACGUCCGCGAGUUCCGCCGUCAGCUCUUGGAUCCUGGCCUUCGCCGUCUCCGUGUCCAUCGCAACCUCGAGCGCAGGUCUGCUUGCGAGCGAGGCGCAGACGAGGCACGCAAUCGCGAGAACGCGAAAGCUCAUCAUCGCUGCUGCGGGCGGCAGGCGGUGAAAGCGCGGCGCGCAAACGACGGCGCAAAGUGUUACCAAAGGAGUGGGGAUAGCUUGGUCCAGGAUGGCAGCGGAAGGAACCUGGCACAGCGAGGCAGGCGAGGGGACAUGCCGAUGUAGAGGCCCGCAAACUUCAAAUCGAGACGCCAACUGACAGCUACCAUGACCCUCGAUGGAUCCAUCCACCAUGCUCGAUACUCCAUGGAGAGUC